CGUGAAGGCCGUGCGUGCUCGCAAGAUAAAUGUUCGCUGCACUGCUCUCGACAGCCUCUAAUUACUCGAAGCCAUAGGAGACACGAUCGGCAUAUCGGGCGGCUCGACGAUGGAAAGCCACCAUAACAAGACGCACCUUGGGGGACAACUCCCCUCCUGCGGCAUAUCCAAGACUGGCGAAGACGCUGAGCAUGGUUAGGCACCCAACAUUGACGUGGGACGAUGGCAGCGCAAGAAAUACGAGGUUUCUCCUUAGUUCCCUGCAUGGACCGCCAGACGCCUUUCCCUCGAUCCGAACCCAUUUGCGGUUCCUAGAGAUUCAGCUGCUGUGAUCAUCAAUAAACUUCGAUAGAAGAGGCGGUUUGGUGGCCAAUGUCUCAAUCAGCCGCUGCUGCUCAGCCCCUUUAUCUACCGCUUCUCGAAGGCGAGGUGAUAAGGCUGGUAGAUCUGCAACCAGGAAUCGGGGAGGAUCCUGUCUCGCUACGACUUUUGAUCGCCGAAUUAGGCCAUCAUCCUGACUACGAGGCCAUCUCAUAUGUCUGGGGUGACCCAGGCCAAACCGUUCCGGUCCUUUGCAACGGAAGACCUCUCGCUAUCACCGUCAGUCUCAAUGCAGUCUUCAAGAGAGUUAGAUACCCAGACCGAUCCCGUCUCCUUUGGGCCGACGCUUUAUGCAUCAACCAAUGGCACGACGAUGAACGAAGCCAUCACGUGGCCUUUAUGGGGAAAGUGUACCGGUGGGCGAAAAGAGUGCUUGUGCAUUUUGGGGACGAUCUAAAUGGAGACGCAGUAAACGUCUCUUCUCUUGUGAAAGAAUAUGCUACUUUGAUCUCGAGAUACAAGUCGGUACAUGACAUGCCAAUUCUGUUAGCUGAGGAUCCUGCUCUUGAUGAUCCAAGGUGGAAAACACUAUCGAGAUUUCACCACUUACCAUGGUGGACCAGAGCAUGGGUUGUUCAGGAGGUCGGGCUUGCUCGAGAACCGAUCUGUUUAUACGGGACUGAAGAGUUUGAUUAUCGUGAUCUAAUGAGGCUCGCUGUUUGGACAACAAGAUGUGCGCCACACCUGGAAUUCCGACAUGACGUUUCUUUCGCUACAGUCCAUACGGACUGGCUCGAUUGGUCGCCCAAUUGGCAAGAAACCUCUCCGGAUCCCAGCCAGACUUUCCUAGGACUGAUGAACCACUCGCGGUGGCUAUCAUGUCGGUUGAAGAAGGACCACAUCUAUGCCCUUCUGGGACAUCCAUUGGCUCAUGUUGAGUCGAGCGAGGAGUUGAUUGUUCAGCCAGCCUACAACAAGACUGACGAAGACGUUUACCUUGAGCUCGGGAAGACCUUGAUAAGAGACCAUGGCCUUCGUGUCCUAUCUCCGGUAGACCACACAGAAGAAACCUGCAAGAGCCCUUUGGUUCCUUCCUGGCUGCCCUUUUACCACAAUGUUGAGCUCACCGCAUGCAAUUUUGGCGUAUUCCCAGAUUUCUGGUACAAGGCGUCGGGGGAGUCUGAGAGAGAAGUCGUCAUUGGUGCCGACGACUUGCAUGUUCGAGGCUUGCUCGUUGACAUUGUGCGGCAUUCAACUCAGUUUACUGAGCGGGACUUGGAAGAUCUUGGAAGGCUUUCGAAGGAGAGCCCUGCUGUGGACCAUCAGGAUGGACUGCUGGACCACAUCAUGGCCGAAGCCCUUGCUGAGGCAAGUGGCCAGGCCUACGAUGCGGACGACAAAAUCACGGCCCUAAGCUUGACACUUUGUGCUGGGUUGUCGAGGUACCGAUGCGCGGAAGAUGAUCUUGAUCAGCACUGCAAGGACUUUGCUGCCUACUACAAGGUUCGGAAAGGGCUACAAAACGAGGCUGAUUGCCCUCCGUGGAUGCUACGCGAUCAAGCCACUGGAGACUAUGAGAAGUACUUGACCGACAUGAAGCUGGUAUGUGAAGGAAGAAGCUUCAUCUUGACCGAGAAGGGUCGUUUUGGUUUGGGGCCACUGAUCGCGUCGCCCGGAGACAUCUGCUGCAUUCUUUUUGGCGCUACUAUACCUUUCAUCCUGCGGAGGACGGAGUCCGAAGGGUAUUUCAAGCUUGUAGGCGAGGCCUAUCUGCAGGGGCUGAUGCGUGGAGAGGCGCUCGGCCAGAGCCCAGCAAGUAGCUGUGAAGAGCAGACCUUCAUCAUCUGCUAGGAUGCAAGUGGGUAGUUUUCCCAGCUGUUCUUGGAUUGUUCGUCGCACCACCAUCGGAAUUCGCCAGGUGAUGCGCCGGCCAAAGCUUUAUCUCUCGUUUC